AAGCGGAAGUCUCCCUGAAGACGGAAGUGGAAACUGCGACUCCCCCCUCCCAAAUAUCUUAUACCUUUAGCGGUUCGUUUCAUUUUGACUGCGCAACUCCGGGACCCCAGGAGCGGAGGGGCUGCAGGUGUCCAUAUGAACGAACACAGUUCUAGUCUUCCAACAACACUUUAAACUACUUACAUCAAUUUGCAGCAGCAGACAUGAGUGGCUCCAAACCUGAUAUUCUGUGGGCCCCACACCACGUUGAUAGAUUUGUUGUCUGUGACUCAGAGCUCAGCCUCUACCACAUUGAAUCUGCUGUCAGUUCUGAACUCAAAGCAGGAUCACUGCGUUUAUCUGAAGAAACUACAGCUACCCUUUUGUCCAUUAAUUCAGACACUCCGUAUCUGAAAUGUGUGGCUUGGUAUCCUAAAUAUGAUCCUGAAUGUCUCCUGGCAGUUGGGCAGGCCAAUGGCCGAGUUGUCCUUACCAGCCUUGGCCAAGAUCAUAACUCAAAAUCCAAGGAUCUGAUAGGAAAGGAAUUUGUUCCAAAGCAUGCUCGGCAGUGUAACACUCUGGCAUGGAAUCCACUGGACAGCAAUUGGCUUGCUGCAGGCCUAGAUAAACAUCGGGCUGAUUUUUCAGUACUGAUCUGGGACAUAAGUAGUAAAUACACUCCAGAAACCCCAGUUGCUGCUGAGAAAGUAAGGCUUUCAUCUGGAGACACUGAAGCAGGACUUGUUGUGACAAAACCACUUUAUGAAUUAGGCCAGAACGAUGCUUGCCUUUCUCUCUGUUGGCUUCCACGGGAUCAGAAACUUCUUUUAGCUGGAAUGCACCGAAACCUGGCUAUCUUUGACCUUAGGAAUACAAGCCAAAAGAUGUUUGUGAAUACGAAGGCUGUUCAGGGCGUAACGGUUGACCCCUACUUCCAUGAUCGUGUGGCUUCCUUCUAUGAAGGUCAGGUUGCUAUAUGGGACCUUAGAAAAUUUGAAAAGCCUGUAUUGACCCUGACUGAACAACCAAAACCUCUAACUAAAGUAGCAUGGUGUCCGACGAGAACUGGAUUGCUAGCUACUUUGACUAGGGAUAGUAACAUAAUCAAGCUCUACGAUAUGCAGCACACUCCUACACCUAUUGGGGAUGAAACUGAGCCUACAAUCAUUGAAAGAAGUGUGCAGCCCUGUGAACACUAUAUUGCUUCCUUUGCAUGGCAUCCCACUAAUCAAAAUCGAAUGGUGGUUGUGACUCCAAACAGGACUAUGUCUGACUUCACUGUGUUUGAAAGGAUCUCUCUGGCAUGGAGCCCCAUUACCUCUUUAAUGUGGGCAUGUGGGAGGCACUUGUAUGAGUGCACAGAAGAUGGAAAGGCUAGUUCUUUGGAAAAAGACAUAGCCACUAAAAUGCGUCUUAGAGCUUUAUCCAGGUACGGUCUUGACACGGAACAGGUCUGGAGAAACCAUGUGCUAGCGGGAAAUGAAGACCCACAACUGAAGUCACUUUGGUACACUCUGCACUUUAUGAAGCAGUAUACUGAGGAUAUGGAUCAGAAAUGCACAGGAAACAAAGGAUCUUUAGUUUAUGCAGGCAUCAAAUCUAUCGUGAAAUCCUCUAUGGGAACAACAGAGAACCUCAGGCACAGCAGGAGUGGAUCAGACAGACAGGCCGACAUUAUUCAAUAUCUGAGUGAGGAGAGGUCACUGGCUUUGCAGCUUUGUGGAUGGAUAAAGAAGGGCACAGAUCUGGAUGUGGAGCCCUUUUUAUACUCUUUGGAACAGGAAGGAGACUGGGAGCGAGCUGCUGCUGUAGCUCUAUUCAACUUGGACAUUCGAAGAGCAAUACAGAUAUUGAACAAAGGAGCAUCUUCUGGAAAAGGUGAUCUAAACCUCAACGUAGUGGCCAUGGCAUUAUCAGGCUAUACUGAUGAAAAGAACUCCUUGUGGAGGGAAAUGUGCAGCACCCUGAGGUUACAGCUCAACAACCCUUAUCUCUGUGCCAUGUUUGCUUUCCUAACAAGUGAAUCGGGUUCUUUUGAUGGGGUUUUGUAUGAAAGUAAUGUAGCUGUACGAGACAGAGUGGCAUUUGCUUGUAAAUUCCUAACUGAUGCUCAGCUGAAUAGGUUCAUUGACAAACUGACAAAUGAAAUGAAGGAAUCUGGGAACCUUGAAGGAAUUCUUCUGACAGGACUCACAAAAGAUGGAGUGGAUUUGAUGGAAAGCUAUGUUGAUAGAACAGGAGAUGUUCAAACAGCAAGUUAUUGUAUGCUGCAGGGUUCUCCAUCCGAUGUGCUUAAAGAUGAGAGGGUUCAGUAUUGGAUUGAGAACUACCGGAAUCUAUUGGAUGCAUGGCGGUUUUGGCAUAAGCGAGCAGAAUUUGACAUUCAUCGGAGCAAGCUGGAUCCCAGUUCAAAACCUUUAGCCCAGGUGUUUGUAAGUUGCAAUUUUUGCGGAAAGUCAAUUUCGUACAGCUGCUCGACCAUCCCUCAUCAGGGCCGAGGAUUCAGUCAGUAUGGCGUAAGUGGCUCCCCGACCAAGUCCAAAGUCACAAGUUGUCCCGGUUGCCGCAAGCCCCUUCCUCGCUGUGCACUUUGUCUCAUAAAUAUGGGCACUCCAGUUUCCAGCUGUCCAGGAGGAUCAAAGUCAGAUGAAAAGGUGGAUCUUAGCAAGGACAAGAAAUUGGCCCAGUUCAACAACUGGUUUUCCUGGUGCCACAAUUGUAGGCACGGUGGUCAUGCUGGACACAUGCUUAGCUGGUUCAGGGACCAUACUGAAUGCCCUGUUUCUGCCUGUUCCUGCAAAUGUAUGCAGCUGGAUACAACAGGGAAUCUUGUCCCGGCAGAGAUGAUCCAGCCAUGAAACAUUAGAGCUUAAAUAAGGUCCUUCACAUGAGAGGCUUUCUCCAAUAGGUUUCCCUCACAGCCCGAACACAUACCUCUGAAUGUGUUACUGUUGACUUGCCUGUAAUAGAAAAAUAAAUCAUCCUAUCACAUCAGCAAUUUGAUGUGUGGUUGGUUUUGAUUCUUCAAAUUUGGCAUGUGGACUUUGUUCAGUGGGUUGUGAAGCAGUUCAUUUAAGAGGCAUUUAUAGGUUUCAUUGAAAUUCAAAGCAGCCUUCAGGAAGACUUUCAGCACUACACUGUCCAGACCUUGAGGCUUCCAUCUGAGAUGAAGUGGCAUCAUUUGCUGUGCUUUGGUAACUCCAUGAACCUAUAAAACACUAUUGAAAACUCUUCUUGGAAAGGCAGUCGUGCUGGAUAUACAGAUGUUUCCACCAGCAUUUUUUCUAGCUUAGAUUUUAAAGUGUUUAUGCUCCCAUCUAUAACUUAGCUACCACUGCAUUGCUUUUCUGUGACACUCCUAAGACAAAUCUUUGCAUGAGUUGAGCUGCUUUGGUUUGGAUGAGUAAAUAGUAGUAGCUCAAUGCCAAUGUAACAUGCUUUGCGGGGCAUCCCAAAAUAAUGUAAUUAGUGUUACACAGCUACAGUCCGGUAUUAAUUAAUCUGAAGCUUUUUAAGUUCAAUGAUGUGAAAGACCUAACCUUUGAAAAAAAUGACAGCUUACCUGUAUUCCCAAAACAUAGUAUAGUGUGAAUUGCAUACAUCCAAAUUUUGCUUUGGGUCAAGAGGACAUUCAUUUGCAUCAGAAAACCACAAGCAUAUAAUACACAAUCAAGAACAGCCUGAGACAUUACACUUAAAAGUUCACUUACAAAAUGUGGACGACAUAGAAUAUGUGUUGUGGCAAUGGCUGCUCGUAUCAGAUGUUGACGAGCAAAUAAAUUUUACUCCUCCAAAAAAACUGCCUAUGUCAAAAUAAAGGAGCUUAUCGAUUUCGAUAGUGGAUAGUAUGUAAUAUACUUCAAUAGUGUAAAGUAUAGAAAGGUAACAUUGCCAUGAAAUGAAUACAGAAGAUGGCAAUACACUGACUGGUAUAGAACACUAGUGCAGGUGUAGGGAACUUUAGAUUUUGCUCACCUACAACUCGCACUAUCAGUGGCCACGUAUAAUGGGGUUGAUAGGAGAGCCAAAGAUUCCUCACACCUACUGUAGUGCAUGUUACAUUUUAGUUUACAUUUUUUUCUACUGUUAACUAGCAACACGGCAAAUGAGUUGCAUUCAAACUUUCACUAGUCAACUAGAAACUUGAACUUCCUUUGUGCACAUUUUCAAUGCAAUGUAAUAAUUGUUUGGCCUAUAUUAUAGCUGCCUAAUUGACAAUCUUCUGUUGGCUUGGAUGCAAGAACCAUGCACAAUAUUCUGUGCAUGCCCCUGGGCUUUCUUGCCUACUUUCUCACUGCAUUAUGAACGGCAAUGUGGCGCAGUGGGUAGGUCAACAAUUGGCCUGCAUGCAAGUGGGAGAGAGUUCUACUUGCAUGCAGGCCAUUUUGGAUCCAAGCUUCCGUCUUUGUACAAAGAUAUGUUAAAAGGAGAGGGGGGAAACAAAUGCUUAAUGGAAGCAGAAAUAUUUAUUUCUAUGUACACCAUUUUUUAAAUUGUAUUGCCUUAGUCAAAGUCUACUUCCUGUCAGAAUUGCAUUUUUACUAUUGAUCAAUAUUUGAGAUGCAUAUCACAAUAUCCAAGUUCCUGUAUUUUUGUAGUUGCUUCAAUACAUUUCCAGAAUAUCUAGAAUUAAUUUUAAGCCAUUAAGAGCAACUUAUAGACUUUAUUUUUGUGCCCUUAUAUUCAAAGUAUUAAAAGAGCUCUGAUAUUAAUAUGGUGUCUCCUUCCCUUCUGUAAAAAAUUAUACUGAGUAUGUAAAUAGGAACUGCUAAUAAUGUGUUAUCCAGUUGUCUUAACAGUAUUUUGUAAAAUGAAAGCAGCUGUAUUUGCUGACUUUGAGAGGGCACAAAGUCUUUUGUGUACAUGAAAGUUCUGUAUGAAUAUCUUAACACUCAGUGCUCAAUGAUGCAGGGGCUGUACUGCAUAGAUUAGUUCUAACUCGAAGACAGUUCUCAGGCAUUUCGGCUUGUGUAUGUGUUUCUGCAGACCGAGGGUUUUUAACCACUUCCGUUAAUACAGUUGCUUCUCCUUUUGACAUUGUAAAAUAAAAGCUUGAUUUAACUUCC